AUGUCCAAGACUAACCGUGUGGCUCGCAAGUCGACUGUUUCUGCCAACAAGGCGCCCCGCUCCAGCAAGUCCUUGUCAACCAAGGCUGCCAGGAAAGCUGUUUCCGGCACCGUCGCCGCCUCCAAGAAGCCUCGUCGCUUCAAGCCCGGCGUUGUUGCUCUCCGUGAAAUCCGCAAGUACCAGAAGUCUACCGAACUUCUCAUCCGCAAGCUGCCUUUCCAGCGUCUGGUCAAGGAAAUUGCCGCAGAAUACAAGUCGGAAUUGCGCUUCCAGUCCUCCGCCGUCUUGGCUCUCCAAGAGGCCUCUGAGGCUUACCUCGUCGGUCUCUUCGAAGACACCAACCUCUGCGCCAUCCACGCCAAGAGAGUCACCAUCAUGCCCAAGGAUAUUGGUCUCGCCCGGAGGAUCCGUGGCGAGAAGGUCUAA